AUGGAUCAGAUUCAUGUCCAAAUCGAUGUCGAUGGUAUUUUUUUUCCAGAUGAGGUUACACCGAAUUAUGGAACUGAAGGAGGAGCAUCUGGAGAAGUAGUAUGUCCGAGAGGAGGAGCAAGAGGAAAAAGAGCCGGGAAUCUAAAGCCAUCACCGAGAGCUCUUUUACUACAAUCGUCAUCGCUGCUGUCAUCACCCUCCAUUGAAGCAUCCAUAUCUGGAUUCAGUUCCACGAUCGUUCAAGGCACCGCCAUCAAUACUAUCACCACCACCAUCCCCAAAUACAUAUCAGCAACUGUUGCAGCUCCUGCCAUUGUUUGA